CGUUCGUUCUUCUCUUCCCCAUUCGGCUUCUGUUGUUCGCAGCUCGAAAACUCGAGCGCCAAAACCCCACCGCGCCGCCGAACAAGGGGUGGUGGUCCGGCCGCCGCAUACCGUCCCGCAGCCACACGCCCUGCGCCGCUGCAUCGUGGUGCCCACCUCCCCGCGCAGCUCACCGGUGACCCCCGCCUCGCCACCGGCCGUGCCGUAUCAGCGGGCUCCCCGGUGCCGAACAAAUUGUGCCUUUUGUAGAGGUUGUAUUCUAGGGACCCGAUGCCUCUCUUGAAGAGGACACCUUUCUUCUUGCUGGACCCACCAAAGGACUUAGAUCCUAAGGAGAAGGUGUUCCAAGUUCGAUUUACUAAUGAGAUAUUCCGAGAUUAUCAGCAAUACCUAAAUAGGUUGAACCUUUACCGUAAAAGAGUUUGGACUUGUAAGGUGUCUGGAAAAUCUAAUUUAACCUAUGAGGAAGCUUUGGUCUCAGAGCAGCAUGCUGCAGAGAAGGCUCAACAAUUGCCAAAAGAGCUAAUAUCUCCUGUUCUCCAGAUGGUUCAAUACAGUACUCUUAACUUAACUGACCUUGUCAACAAGAUAUAUGCCAGUCUGCAAGAGGAUCUGUUUGAAGGAUUAGAAUUACAUGCUAAAAAAGAUGCUUCUGAGGCUGCUUGUAAGAUUCUGAAGGUUAUAGGUUCUGGUAACACCGCAACAUAUGAGGUUGGCUGGAUUGGUCAAGAAAAUGCAGUUAUCAGCACUUCAGUUCUCACAGCCGAUGAUCUGAUUCGCAAGAAAGCACCUACUGGUCGUAAUAUGCUGAAGAUUUUUAUUAGGGAAUCAACAUCACAAAAUUCUCCAUGGAUCGUACGUGUAAAUCUUGCACAGAAAUAUGGCAUACCCACUGAUCCUCCAAAAGAUAUGAUGAAUGGUGAAGGAUUGUCCAAAGCGAGGAAAAGACUAGAGAAUGGAACCACAGAAGAUGCCAGGAAAAGGUUGAAGAAAGAUGCGGAACAAGUAGAACCACCUUUUAAAUACCCAAUUGAUGAUCUUUUAGUGAAGCCUGCAGCAGAUGACCUUGUUUUGUCAAAGAAAUGCCCACCAUCCAGAGAUUUCAAAGUGCCUACAAAUUCUGUGGGAGAUCUCCUUAUGGUCUGGGAUUUCUGUAUGUCUUUUGGAAGGCUUUUAUGCUUAUCACCAUUUUCCCUCUCAGAUCUGGAGAAUGCAAUUUGCCAUAAAGAAACCAAUCUUGUUCUUAUUGUGGAAAUACAUGCUGCCCUUUUCCAUUUGCUCAUUAAAGAUGAAGGUGAAUAUUUUGCAUUUCUACAGAACAAGAACAGAAAAUCAAAGGUAUCUUUACUCACCUGGACGGAUUAUCUAUGUGAUUUCAUGGAAAUGACAAGUAAAAAAGAUUUCUCCAGUAACAUAUCAACAGUACGGAGGGGUCACUAUGGUCUUGUUCACACUGGUCGAAAACUUCAAAUUCUACGGGAACUGGUGGAUGAAGCCAUUGCAACAUCUGCUGUAAAAGAGAAAUUGGAAGAACGGAUUGAUCAGCAACAAGCCCUUGUAGCAGAAAAAAGAGAGGUCAUUAGAAAGAAUAAGGAAGAGCAGAAGCUGAACAUGGAAGGUGUGACAAAAAAUGAAAUGAAUCAGACACAUGCUGCACAGAAUGGCAAUGAGAGUGCUAAUGGUCAGCCUGUGGGAAAAGAAGGGAAGGAGAGGAAAAUUGCUUCUGCCAGCAAGACGGGAGAUGGAAAAUUGUAUCUGAGGAGGCAUCUUGAAACAGAAAUGGUGGACCAAUCAAUACGGACUAGUCCUCUGGGAAAAGAUAGAUUGUACAACAGGUAUUGGUUUUUUCGACGCGAAGGAAGACUUUUUGUUGAAAAUGCAGAUUCAGAAGAGUGGGGGUACUAUAGCACCAAGGAAGAGCUUGACGCGCUCAUCGGAUCAUUAAAUAUUAAAGGUAUAAGAGAGAGAGCACUCAAACGACAGCUUGAAAAGUUCUAUGAUAAGAUAAGUAAUGCUCUGGAGAAGAGAUUGAAGGACGUCACACAGAAGAUGUUACUUGAAGAGGCUGUGUUGCGGCGUUCCUCUCGUGUACAUGCGCAACCAAAGGACAGCCCUUCUAUGUCAUUCCUCGAUUAUGUCAACGCAUGGAAACCUGUUUCGAAGAGAAACAGAUGGAAAGAGAAUCGAGCUAUGUAGUUGGUAGAACAGAACGGGCUACUUUUUUAUGGCCUAUUCUCUAAACCCUCGUAGGAAUUCAUUUUGGGUUCUUUACAGAUGGAGGAGUCUUUCAAGAAGGCUCCCUUGCGCCAAAAUUUUGAAUACAAAGGCAGUUGAACUCAAGCUGCAUGUAAAUUGUCCCCUUCUUUAAACGAGUUACGGUUGAUAGAUCGAGAUUUUUUUUGUUGUAGAUGGUGUUGAGAACUUGAGGUGGACAUGCUUUAGAUAAUCUGUGGGAAACUAACAGCUUUGCCUGCACUAUAUUUCCCUUUUUUCGUGGAUU